UGCUUCCUUUGCUCAUCAAUGGAUCCUCGUUGACCCUUUUAUUUCUUCUCUGCAACUUCACCAGAAAGAGAGAAGGGAAUGUUGAACCCCAGGGUUCGAGCUCUGAUACGGUCAAGAAAGUGGGCGAAGAAGGACUGGGCGAUCGCCGCCGUCGGGUUAUCCAUCAUCCUCGUCGCUCUCUAUUCACUCACCGGUUCUCUUCGCCGAGCUCCGUUGCCCUAUGAUCUCACCCCUACAGCUGCUCUGGUGGAGCUGACCUUGCUACGCAAUGCCAGGGACUUGGGCGCACUUUGUCUGGACGGAAGUGCCCCCGGAUACCACUUUCAGAGGGGCUACGGAUCUGGCUCCAGCAAUUGGGUUAUCCACAUUGAGGGCGGUGGUUGGUGCGAUAGCCUUUCCUCUUGCUCUUCCAGGGCAGGAACAGCAUUAGGCUCUUCAAAGUACAUGGACAAGCAAGUUCCUUUUUCUGGAAUUUUGAGUAAUCAACCCUCUGAAAAUCCCGAUUUCUUUAACUGGAACAGAGUCAAGAUACGCUAUUGUGAUGGUGCAUCUCUUGCUGGCCAUCCUGAAAGUGAGCUGAAGGGACACAGACUCUUUUUCAGAGGCCAGCUCAUCUGGAAAGCAAUUAUGGAUGAACUCUUGUCAGCAGGCAUGUCUGGUGCAAAACAGGCUCUUCUUUCAGGAUGUUCUGCUGGAGGGUUAGCCACUCUUAUUCAUUGUGAUGACUUUAGGGAACUACUUCCAAAGGUUACAACAGUCAAGUGUCUUGCUGAUGCAGGUUUUUUUCUCGAUGAGAAAGAUAUAAGUGGAAACAGAACUAUGAGGUCUUUCUAUCACAACGUUGUCCAACUUCAGGGUGUAGCAAAAAGCCUGAACCAGGAUUGUGUUACAAAGACGGAACCCUCUAAGUGUAUGUUUCCUGAAGAAAUUGUUAAACAUAUAAGAACCCCAGUUUUCCUCGUCAACCCAGCCUAUGAUUUUUGGCAGAUACAACACAUCUUGGUGCCACAAACUUCAGAUCCUAAUAGAAACUGGCAAGCCUGCAGACUGAAUAUACGUGCCUGCAGUCCUAGCCUACUGGAAGUUCUACAAGGGUUCCGUGGUUCCCUGUUAAAGGCACUGAGUGAGCUUCAAGAAAUUAAGGAAUCGGGAUUGUUCAUAAAUUCUUGUUUUAUUCACUGCCAGACAUGGCUUACUGAGACAUGGCACUCACAAAAUUCCCCGAGAAUUAAUACCAAGACAAUUGCAGAGUCAGUUGGGGAUUGGUACUUUAACCGGAAAGAAGUGAAGCGAAUUGACUGUCCAUAUCCUUGCAAUCCUUCUUGCUACAAUAUGGUUUUCGGUUGAAGGUUCUGGAGAACUCGAAAUACUUGUCUCUCGGAUUUUUCGGGCCAUCAAUCGGAACUCAUUGCCAGAGAAGUGUGGUCACAGCACGUGAAAGGUCUUGAUGUAAUUUGUUCUAUUGUCUUUCCUCUUGAAUCCUGUGUUACUAGAUCAUAGGGAAUUGUAGUGGAAUGAUUGAUCGAAGUUCUGUAUCUUACCCACUUGAACUCCAUCAAUGAUCUUGAAAUAUAUAUAAAGAGAUCUCAAGAGUCAAUCUUCGCCGAA